GCGCGUCUGGCGGCAACCUUCCACUCGACACUUCCUACAGCGGUGAGGUUCAGUCGCUCGUCGACCUCGAAGCGUGGUGGUAUUCAGCUUCUGACGAGUUUACUGUAAUCGCCGCGCGCGUUCGCUGCUCGACAACACGAGUUGUUUAGCGACGAGGAAAGACGAAUCGAAUUCUUUCUCGCGAGGUAGAUCCGAUGUGAGAGCCAUUUCAUCCGCAUCUCGUCCGAGUUGUUUUCGCGUCAGUGUUCUCACGUUCGAUACUUAGUCGUCGUCUUUACUGUCGGUAUCAUCCCCCGCCGCCUCUCUCUCCCCGUUCUCGAGGGGAGAACGAAGCGAUACGAGUGCAUACAGGAGCUAGGAACCUAUACGCUACGAGUGAUACAAGUGCGCCACAUCGAGUGCUGAUGACCGAGAGGAUUCUUCCGUACUUCUGUGAUACGUAAUACGGAUGUGCGCACGCGCAUUAUCACGGCGGCACGUAAUAAUCGCGAUACAAUCCUCCCACUCACGUGUUUACGCGUGAGAGUUGCGGCUGAGAAAGAAAUUCUGCACGAGAGAGAGAUAGCCUUUCUUGGUCUUCCUCGCACGCGCGCGCGUGUGCGAAUGCCGCUCAUCAAGCCUGACUACACGCGCGUGCUGGACCCCCGUCUAUACGUGCGUGCGUGCGUGUGCGUGUGCGUGUGCGUGUCGUCGUGAUUAUACCACGGAAACGCGACAAUUCGUCGCCACCGAUGAACGGUGAAAGAACGAUUUGUGUCUGCUUGGAGGACGACGACAAGCACGAUCAGUGAUAUUACGGCCAGCCUGCCGGCUCGCCUCCCUCUACGUCUCUUUAUCAACGAGAUACUGCUGGCAAGAAGCGGAAAAACGGCAGAACGGAGCAGAAACAUAAUCGAGAAGUCGCUGGUAAAUCUAAGAACGUGUUAUGAAAUUGCUGCCAACGAUUCCGCUACCGCAGCUACCACCGGUUUCCGCCACGGGCGGAAUGACCGGAAUGGAUUCUCGGCUGCCAAGUAUAUCGUUGCCUUUCAGUACGACAGAAUUACUUUGGCGAGCCCAGUAUGGGCCAUCGAUGGGCUUCCCACCCACAACGCACGCCCCACCUAAUUCGCUUCUAGAUUUCAAGACUCAUUUGCCAGCAAGUUUAGCAUCUGAUCCGAGAUUGUGGUCGCGGGAGGAUGUGGCGUCGUUUUUGCGAUGGGCCGAACGAGAAUUUGAUCUGCCGUCGUUCGACAUGGAUGUUUUCCAGAUGAAUGGCAAAGCCUUGUGUCUCUUGACGAAGGCCGACCUGGGCGAAAGAUGUCCGGGAGCCGGCGAUGUGCUGCACAACGUGCUGACGAUGCUAGUACGUGAUUUCAAUCAGUUGCAAAGAUGUCUACCAAGUAGCCCAGUUACACCGACCAGGCCAUCCGCCGCAGUGUAUCCGUUAAGUCCGCAUUCGCAUCCGCCCACACCCACAUGGACAGAGGCCCCAUAUGCUCAGAAUCUCGCCUCCCUAAUGUCAGCUAACUCGGUGACGCUGUCACCGGCGCCGUCUGUGGAUAGUCAAUCGGGCUCACCCAGCCACGCAACUGACGUGAAUCAGACACAGGUCUACAAGAGCGAUUCAGAUGAGGACAAUCAUCAAGUUCCGGGCGGUGGUAGCGGUAGCCCGCCAGCUACACCAACUGCCCUCACGGCGCAGAGGCUCAGCGAAGUGAGCGUCAAAGACCAGCCAAGUCCAACAUUACCAUCACAGUUGAUGCCGUUGACGCCCGGCGCUUUCCGGUCAACUACUGCCAGCGCAGCCAGAGAGUUCUUUCCCAGCGAUUCCCCGGAACCCAACACUAACGGAAGACUGCUUUGGGAUUUCCUUCAACAGUUGCUGAACGAUCCUACGCAACGGUAUACACAUUACAUUGCGUGGAAGAGUCGAGAAACCGGCGUGUUCAAGAUAGUCGAUCCGCCUGGUCUGGCACGACUCUGGGGUAUCCAGAAGAAUCACCUUUCUAUGAAUUACGAUAAGAUGAGCAGAGCUUUGCGUUAUUACUAUCGUGUAAACAUACUUAGAAAGGUGCAAGGCGAACGACAUUGUUAUCAGUUCUUGCGUAACUCAAUCGAAUUGAAAAACAUUAAAAACAUAUCGUCGUUGCGCCAUCAGAUGCGAAUAAAGUCUGAACCAGAAGAAGACGGAACUCUUGCCGGAGGAACAGAAACAGAACCGGAAGUGGACAUGCCGACAGAUCUCUCGAUGUCCAGCAUGAACCAACCAUCAAGCGAAAUGCAACAGCCCCUGCCAUUGCACGACCCACCUGCCAAGUACAGAAGUCAUGCAUACAAUCUCGUUAAGACCAAUCAAGAACCGGAAGAGAGGAAGUGACGCGAGACCUAGCGAUGGCAGGAACGUACUAGUAGCAUAUAAUCGUUAAUCGCUUCAUAACAGACUGCUGAGAGUCAGCAAUGAGGCGAAUCUCAACAUAAGAGGUAUUUCUUAUCAACAACCGAUCCAUGGAUUGAAGAAUGAGUAAAGAACGAGCAAAACUUUAUUUUGUCCAGUUUGUCAGUUUGUUGACAACAAGGUAACAACAUUUGCAUGAGAAGAAUAAGAAGAUUUUCGAAACGAGAAUAAGUAAAACUUAAAAUGUAACUCGUUGACAAAAAAGAAGGACAAGAUGAUAAGAAGAGCUCCAAUCGAAGUCAAUGACAAUCGAUGGAGAAAGAAGUAUGAAAAGGACUUAACAUUUCAUUGAAUCUUCAAGGGACGCUCGAAAAAUGAUGGUUCCUAUAAAAUACAGUGACGUAAGAUCAUAAGACGAUUUUAAAUGUACUAGGAAAUUAUUUAAGAUCGUUAAAAUCAUCAAUGUUGCGAAAAACAAAUAUGUUUGUUUAAUUCGCAGAACACAUUGAUGAUACAAAGAUGAUCCUUAAGAAAACAGGGAAUUUCGUGCUUCUACGAAUGAAAUUUCUUGUCGGGAACUGGAUGUUGAAAUUAGACGAGAAUCCCUUUCACGUUCGUCGUUCUGCGUAGAUGAAAAGCACAGAAAAAUGAAAGGCGCGUUUCUUAUGACGCCUUCUUAAAUGAUAUGGCGAUUCGCUCCCGCCUUCAUAUGAAUUCGCGUUGAGUCAUUGUGCGUCGAUAAUGAUAAACGCUUCGAUCUGGAGCUGAAUCUUUGCGGAUAUUCCGCCCUACUCCCUUCUCGCCUUUCUCGUAAUAGGGCAAAUCACAAGUUUCUUUCCACUGACUAACGAGAACGAAAGAUAUAUGCAUGUGAAGAAAUGUGUACGAAACGAACUUAGAUAUGUUUAGAGCGUAUUAAGAAUUUAAUGUACAAAGAAUGCCAGAGGAAAAACUGUUACCAAGUCUUUUUUUCCUUUUGCGUCCCCUUUUUCUUUCCUCUUUUUUCUUAAUUUUAUAUAUAUAUAUAUAUAUUCUGUGAUGUGAUCUUUAUUUUCGGCGAAACAUAGUUCACAGAUAUAAGAGUGUGAUUCCAAAGAAAAUCUUUCUGUUCGAAGUAUUUGCAUAAAUAUAUCACGGAAUUGCUCGCUUUAAAUUUUCAAACGAUUUUCGAAAUAUAAAGAGCUUGACAAGAUCUCUUCACAGCAGUUUAACAUUUUUAUAUAUAUACAAUUAUGCAAACCCACCAAGAGAGAUUAAACUAGAUUUUUUCAAGCUCUUGCUGCGUAUGCGCUCAAACAAUCCUCCGUUUACUUUAAUGUAUUUGUGCCAAGACAUUUGCUGUUUAAUAAGAGAACAUUUAUAUAUUUAGUCGACAAGGAAUUUAGUUCCAAACAAGCCCGAUAUAUCACGAUCUUGGAACCAAGUGUUAUAUCGUUUGCGUUCGAUGUACAUGUUAUAUUUAAGAUAUCGUUAUCGAGUAUCACGUAAUCGAUUAUAUGUUGUAGGAAAUGUAUAUAACUUGAACUGUAUAAAUGCGAAUAGAACGUAAGACGUUCUAUUAAAAAAAUAGUGAAAGAGAAUUUUAUGGAAAUCGGGGCCACAUACAGAAUAUAUGAAUCUAUCUAUAGAAAAAAAUAUAUAUAUAUAUGUAUAUACACAUAUAUUUUACUAUCAAAAUUUAUAUUCAAAAUUUCUAUGUUGUUGGCGGUGCGACUGUGGCGUACAUUCCACAACUUUUUAUCCGAGAAUUGCCACGAAAGUUAUACAAGAGAAAAUGAAACAAGGAAACAAGAGUAUACACAUAAAGAAGAUUUUUUAAAAAUUAUUAAUUGUAUUUUUGCACUGGAGAAUAUAAAACUGAAAGUAUGAAUGAACUAAAGUAUGAAUGCAAAAGAGAAAGAAAGAUGAUAAGUGUGGUCAAAUGAAUGUACGUAAAUGACAAAUUAAGAAAUAUAUCUGGCUUUGUAUACUGUGAUCUCUACGCGAUAUAACAUAAGACGAGUUAAAUAGUUAAAUAAAGAAUAUUAUCUAGAUGAAACGCGUACGCAUCCAUCUAUCUCGGGAAAAAGUGCGUGAUGUUAUUGGAAUAAGAAACAUAUGUAUGUAUAUCUUUCAUUUUUUCUUUACAAUUAUGUAAAUAAUUUUUGACCGGAUGGAUAUCAGAGAAAUAGUACUUUAUAUGUGCACGGACACGCGCGCAAUACAUAUAAGAGAACAUAUAUGCAGAUGAAAUAGUACUGCAUUAUAAUUGCAUCUAAGAUUGAAAUUUAUAUAUUGUUUCAUAUGUAUAAAAUGAAACGUAAAAUUCUAGAGAUUAAGGCAAUUUUAUUAUUAUAACUUGUUACCCCUCUCCCCCUCCAAGACGUACAUGAAAGCAUGAAUGUUGUAAAUAUAGACAUAUUUAGUUAUUAAGAA